CAUCCGUCCUUCCCUUUAUUUAUUCUCCCACACCCUUGCCUUCUCCUUAACUGGAAGAGACUUUUUCUUUUCAAUACCUCACUUUUGCCACCCUCCAAGGUCCUUUCUUUCUGAGUUCCCUCUCCUGAACCCAAAAAAUGAGUAACAUAAGCUUGGUAGAGGCCAAGCUGCCACCAGGUUUCAGGUUCCAUCCUCGAGAUGAAGAGCUUGUUUGUGAUUAUUUGAUGAGGAAGGUGGCUACUUCAACUGAUGCCUUGCAACUCAUGAUCGAAGUUGACCUUAACAAGUGCGAGCCAUGGGAUAUUCCUGAAACAGCUCGAGUGGGAGGCAAAGAAUGGUACUUCUACAGUCAAAGGGAUCGGAAGUAUGCUACUGGAUUGAGAACAAAUAGGGCAACAGCAUCUGGGUAUUGGAAGGCCACAGGGAAAGAUAGGGCUGUCCUUAGCAAAGGUACCCUUGUUGGGAUGAGGAAAACCUUGGUGUUUUACCAAGGUAGGGCUCCCAAAGGAAGAAAAACUGAUUGGGUCAUGCAUGAAUUCAGGCUUGAAGGACCCCUUGCCCCUCCCAAGCUUUCUACUCUCAAGGAAGACUGGGUUUUAUGUCGAGUGUUCCACAAAAACACAGAAAUCACCGCCAAGCCUAGGAGCAUGGGAAGCUGUUAUGAUGACACGGGCUCUUCACCCCUUCCACCAUUGAUGGAUUCUUACAUCACUUUUGACCAAAGUGAACCAAAUUUAGAUGAGUAUAAACAGGUGCCCUGCUUCUCCACUUUCUCCCAAAGCCAAACCAACCCGUUUUUCACAAACACCACCUACAUGGAACCAAGCUUACCUGCCAAAACCCAACCAGCACUUGGACAAAUACCGAUGAAUGCUUGUUUAGACUCUUUCCCUUGUGACCAAAAGGUGAUAAAAGCUGUGCUGAAUCAUCUUACCAAGCUGGAUAGCUAUCUUAACGUGAAGGAAUCACCAAGCUUUGGAGAAGGAUGUUCGGAGAGCUACUUAUCUGAAGUGGGCAUGCCCGACAUUUGGAAUCAUUAAUAAUACUUAGGAAUUCAAAUCUAAAACUUGGACUUGCUACUUAGGCUUUAGAAAAUGAUUUUUCUAAAGAAUAUACAAACUUAGGGGUACAUUGAUUUCCCCUUCCUAGCAUCUUGCACUUUUUUCCAACAAUAGGGUCGCUCCUAAAGUGAAAACAUUUGUAAUUGAUUCAAGUGGAUGAAAUGUAUAAUUGUGAAAAGUUCAUAUUGUUGUAUAAGGUUGCA